ACAACUGCAGCACCAACGACAGCAGCACCAACCACAACAGCAACCCCAACAGCAAGAGCAGUCUCAACAACAACAACAGCACCACCACCAACAACAGCAACAAAAGCCACGACAACAUCAACAUCAUCAAGCUUACCAAUUCCAGGACCAACUAAAGAAACAGUGUCAAAGACAACAUCAGCCUCCGUAAUGCACACAUCACAUAAAGGUGGACUGGACAGCGGAAUAAUAAUUAUCAUUGUUGUUGUUUGUUUGUUGUUCUUGGCUAUCGACGUUGCCUUGGUUUGUGUUCUUUUUAGAAUCGUCAGGAAGCAAAAGAGGAAAGGACAUAUGGCAGUUUGCGAAGGACACGACGAAGACAGAGAACGAGGUGAGCCAGAUCUUGUACAGAUGAAAACAAUAGGAGACUUGGAGGCGGCAACUGCUAACGAAGAAGAACAAGAAGGAAAAACAUUUUCAACGUUCGCUAUCACGGAGACUGAAGACAAAGCAUUGUCAACGUUCGUUGUCACGGAGACUGAAGGAAAAGCAUUGUCAACAUUCGCUGUCACGGAGGCUGAAGACAAGCAACAAACAGACACUAAUGUUCAAAAAAAUGGAACUGUUGACGUUGAAAAUGAAGUUGAAGUUGAUGUUCAUCAGCAAGCACCAGUUGACAAAUCGAUGGAAAGCAACCAAUCUGAUGAGAAAAAAGAAGAAAACAUUUCGGAAUUAGCUGCACUAGGAAAGGAAGGAAAGGAAGGAGAGAAAGAGGAUGACAAUCAGAAGGAAGAGGAUGACAAUCAGAAGGAAGAGGAUCACAAUCAGAAGGAAGAGGAUGACAAUCAGAAGGAAGAGGAGGAGGAGAAGAAGAAGGAGGCCGAAGAGGAGAACCUCAGCAAAGCUUAUGAGAAACCAGAUGACGGUACCAAACCAACAAUCAGUUCAGAGAUGRCUGAUCAGGAUGAUAAAGUCGACGGCGAUGAAAAARAAGACGAAGAGAAACAGCAAGAGACUUCGAUCGAUGCAACUGAAAUCAUUUCUUUAGAACAAGCUGCAAGUGAGAGCAUAAAGAAAGACGUGCAGACUGAUGAGGCGUCCGUCAGUGGAAAAAGCCUAGAAACUGACAGCCCCGACGAUUUAGACAUUCAAAACGAAGACAAAGAUAGUGGAAGAUCAGAAAAUGAAGAGAAAGAAGAAAGUCGAGACGGAGACCAGGAAGAGACCGACGGAGCAUAUGCGCCCGCCUCAAGUCCCAAACAUUCAUCCCAGGAAGAACCGCAUGAGCAGCAACAACGAUACGUUUUACCGGAAAAACUUGARAAAAAACUGAGAGAUCAACAAAAGAAAGCAAAAGAAAAGGAAAUAAAGCAAAUGGAAAAAGAAAAAAAGAAGAGAGAAAAGCAGGAAAUAAAGGAUAAGAAAGCGAAGGAAAAACUUGAAAAACAGAGGAAGAAAAGUGAGAAAGAAGCACUGGAAAGGGAGAAAAAAAGGAGCAAAAAAGACAAGARCCRAAAUGAAAGCGYUAAAGAACCUGAGGUGUAUUGCAAACCAGCUGCAGAUUUGUCCAAACAAGGAAAUGAGCAAAACAUUGAAGAUGAUGAUGAUAAGAAGGAUCCGCAUAAUCCAGAAAACGAGAGAGAUGCUGRUGAGCAGAAAGAAGAAUCGGAAGACGGCAAGUCAGAAGACGCAGAAGACACAAACAAAUCUCUGCAGAUAUUGGAAAACGAAAGAAAUCCACCAAACGAUCAACCAACUGAAAUCAAUGUAGAAACUCCUACUAAUGACGUCACUACUGAUAAAGGAUCCACAACAGAGGUCCCACCGGAUAUUGGUCCCACUGUAGAUGACACUCUUAGAGUUGACAGUGACAUGGCUGUGUCCAGCGAGCAGCCUUCUGAAGAAAAGGACCAUAAUAGUGAUAACAAUAACGACGACCAAKGUAAAACAGCACCGUCUAAUGAUGAGCCCAAAGAAAAGAAAUGCUCAGCAAGUGAAGUGAGUGUAGAACCAGAAGAAACGCUUGGCAAUGAUGAGUCUUCAAAACCCAAAGCCCCUGAUAAUGAAAACAAUCCACACACUGCUGAUGAGGCUAUGAGUCCUGCUAGUUUGAAUAAUGAUACCUCUGAUGAUAAACCAUCGCAUUCCGAUGCUGAUAUUGAUAAAAAUGCCUCAACAGAUGACGCCUCCUCAGAGAAAGAUAACCAUUCGAAUGACGAAAAGCCCCCGCCCAAUGAUGAGGCUUUGGUAGUAGUUCCAGCCCAGGACGAGGACACUAGUACAGAARACAAUAAAUAGUAGUAUAUUGUAGUAGUAUUUGAUUAGGUUUUCAAUUGUUUAGACAUUAUUUGUUAGGUGGCAUUGUAUACUCGCUAAAGUAUCGAUAAGUUCGUUAAAAAAGUUUCAAAUUAAAACCUGUAUAUCAAUGCAUAAUUGUUUGCAAUAUAUCAUUUUAUACUUUGGAGGAAGUUUGACGUUGUGUUAGUGUCGCAGAUCAUUCACUUGUCCUGUUGUUGUACUGCUGUUCUCAUUAUUGCUUAGAGUUUUUUUGUGAAGUGUUUAGAGUUAUCUCUCUGUCGUCAAAGCCUUUGUUUGUAGCUCACGGUCGAAUGAAACACAUACAUAAGAAUUUGAAUAACAAAAUAACUCCAUAACAUUUACUAUACGGGACGUUCCGCCGAAUUGGGUAGUUUUUUUGCCUUUAAUAGAUAGAUUGAUAGAUCUCGUGAUACUUUUCCCGCUCGUAAUGUAGAUUUUUUGUGCAAUUAUAUGCGAUGAACAGAUGRAUUUCUUGCUCCUUGCAAAGAACAAUUUUCGUUGCAACAGCAUUUCGCCUUUUCUAUAAUCAAUACAGAAUGAGAGGUAAAUUCACGUUAAACUGUGUAAAAAUAGAUUUCAACAGAUUUGCUCUUUUUUUCUCUGAYCCCGACCUCGAUUUAAUGCGCGCGCCGCGCAGAUUUGUGGGAACCAUCCAAGAGCUCAAUUGUUGUUUGUCUCGAAAAAAAAGAUCCUCAAAUCGACUAUUUUUCCAGGAUCGUUAAUUAUUAACUAUAAUCCCCUUUAGAAUAUUCAGGAAUAUAGUACUAGUUAUUUACUCAAUAUUGUUGGUCGUUGAGUCA